CUUCCAUCUUCCCCUCACCAGCACUGGUAUGAGUCCUCCCUCUCCUCUUCUCCUCUCAUCUCAUGAUUCCACCGCUGCUACUACCACCACUCCCCCUCCUCCUCCUUCUCUUCUUCUCCACACCUACAGCACCGUCUUCCACGGCUUCUCUGCUCAGCUCACUGUUUCCCAAGCUCACGCCCUUCACUCCUUCCCCGGCAUUCUCGCUGUUAUUCCCGAGCAAGUCAGGCAACUUCAUACCACGCGAUCCCCUCAAUUUCUCGGCCUUAAGACCUCCGACAGCGCCGGCUUGCUCAAGGAGUCCGAUUUCGGCUCCGAUCUUGUCAUCGCUGUUAUUGAUACUGGGAUCUGGCCCGAGAGGAAAUCCUUCGACGAUCGGGACCUCGGCCCCGUUCCCCCCAAGUGGAAAGGCGCCUGCGUUCCCGGGAGGGACUUUCUGGCCACUUCCUGCAACAGGAAACUGAUCGGAGCUAGGUACUUCAGCAAUGGCUACGAGGCCACCAACGGGAAGAUGAAUGAGACCACCGAGUAUCGCUCCCCCAGGGAUUCAGACGGCCAUGGCACCCACACCGCUUCCAUUGCCGCCGGCAGGUACGUCUUUCCAGCCUCGACUCUGGGGUACGCUCGCGGCGUGGCUGCUGGGAUGGCCCCCAAAGCUCGCUUAGCUGCGUAUAAAGUUUGUUGGAACUCCGGCUGCUACGACUCCGAUAUCCUCGCCGCAUUCGACGCAGCCGUGGCCGACGGCGUCGACGUCAUCUCCCUCAGCGUCGGUGGUGUCGUGGUCCCCUACUACCUCGACGCCAUUGCCAUCGGCGCUUUUGGAGCAUGGGAAGCCGGCGUCUUUGUUUCAGCCUCCGCUGGCAAUGGCGGUCCAGGCGGCCUAACUGUCACUAAUGUGGCCCCCUGGGUCACCACCGUGGCAGCUGGAACCAUCGAUAGGGACUUCCCGGCGGAAGUUAAGCUCGGAAAUGGGAAGGUAAUCCCGGGAACCAGCCUUUACGGCGGGCCGGCGCUGGCCCCACAUAAACUUUACCCGUUAAUUUACGCCGGCAGUGAAGGUAGUGAUGGCUAUUCAUCUUCGUUGUGUUUAGAAAAUUCGCUGGACCCUAAGGCUGUAGAGGGAAAGCUUGUUUUAUGCGACAGAGGAAUCAACUCGCGAGCCUCUAAAGGUGAGGUGGUGAAAAAGGCUGGCGGAAUCGGGAUGAUCUUGGCUAACGGAGUUUUUGACGGCGAAGGAUUAGUGGCUGAUUGCCACGUGUUACCCGCCACGGCUGUGGGUGCAUCUGGCGGCGACGAAAUAAGGAAAUACAUCCUCUCGGAGUCGAAAAAAUCCUCAGCCACCGCCACAGCCACAAUAAUGUUCCGGGGCACCAGGCUGAAUGUAAGCCCAGCUCCAGUCGUCGCUUCGUUUUCGGCUAGAGGGCCUAAUCCUGAGACCCCGGAGAUUUUGAAACCCGAUUUAAUUGCCCCAGGAUUGAAUAUUCUAGCUGCUUGGCCGGAUGGUGUCGGUCCCAGCGGACUUCCUUCUGACAAACGUAGGACGGAGUUCAAUAUCUUGUCGGGUACGUCGAUGGCCUGCCCUCAUGUUUCUGGCCUCGCCGCGUUGUUGAAGGCUGCUCACCCGGAAUGGAGUCCGGCUGCAAUAAGGUCAGCGUUGAUGACCACAGCUUACACUGUGGAUAAUCGGGGAGAAACGAUGUUGGAUGAGUCGUCUGGAAAUUCGUCUACCGUGAUGGAUUACGGUGCAGGUCAUGUGCAUCCUCAGAAAGCAAUGGAUCCCGGAUUGGUUUUCGACCUCACGACUUAUGAUUAUGUCGAUUUCCUCUGCAAUUCAAAUUAUACCGUGAAGAAUAUUCAGGCCAUCACGAGGAAGAAGGCUGAUUGCAGUGGGGCUAAAAGGGCUGGCCACAUCGGGAAUUUGAACUAUCCAUCUUUAUCAGUUGUGUUCCAACAAUAUGGGAGGCACAAGAUGUCCACACAUUUUAUCAGGACAGUUACCAACGUUGGGGAUGCUAAUUCGGUUUACAAGGCCACCGUGACGCCUCCUGUAGGGACAUCAGUGACGGUGCAGCCGGACAAGCUUACCUUCCGGAGGGCAGGCCAGAAGCUGAAUUUUCUGGUUAGAGUCGAAGCCGAGGCUGUGAAACUCUCUCCCGGAAGCUCAAGUUUGAAGAGUGGUUCUUUGGUAUGGUCUGAUGGGAAUCAUUCUGUCAGAAGUCCAAUAGUCGUCACAAUGCAGCAACCUCUCUGAUCCGAAUCCAAUCUAAAAUUUUGGAAUUUGGGGUGUAGAAAUUUUCAAGUUCCAUUUUUCUUUCUUUCUUUCUUUCUUUUGAUCCUGUAUUGUAAAAUGAAUUAUUUCAUUAGCUCUUAAUCCGUAAGCUAGAUAAUGUAUAAUCAAUGCGAGUGCCGUAGCAGCGCGUUCUCUGCGCAUGGUGAGUUUGGAUUGUGCCCGGGACAACCCUUUGUGUGUUAAAAGUUGUAGCAUGAUGGACGAAUCAGGAAUUAUAUGUUGCAGAUGCUCUGUGGUUUUGUGCAUCGCUUCUUAA